AAUGUUUCAGUUGGACUCAUUUGGUUUACCUAACCAACUUUAAUGGGAAUUGUAUAACCUGACGUGAAGGAACAAAUGUAUACGUGACCUAGUCUUUUGCUUCAAGUCAGCUCCAUGAACAACUUGAACGACCCCCCCAGAUGGAACAUUGACCCAGACCCAGGAGAGAGGAGAGCUGGGGGUGGUAAUGGUAACCCAUGGAACUACGCCCUAUUGAUCCCGAUGCUUGGACUGGCGGCCUUCCGUUGGAUCUGGAGCAGGGAGUCCCAAAGGGAAAUCGAUGAGGUGAAGGUGCGGCAUAAUGAGCAGGUCUCCAGCAUAAGGACAGAGAUGGAGAAGAAGUACGGACACUCCCUGAUAGAGGUGCGCAGGGCCGCGGCUCUGCUGGAGAUACAGGUGGAGACGGAGAAGCAAAGGGUCGAGGGCUACAAGAAGGCCAUGCAGUCCCAUAGGCUGCAGAUGAUGGAUGAAAAGAAGCACUUGAAGCAGGAGCGUGAUGGCCUGGAGCAGGAGAAGCAGAGGAUGCUGCAGUCUGGUACGGCCGGGGCGGUGCUGCGCGACGCCCUCGAGCAGGAGAGGGCAGAGCGUCCGAGGGCAGAGGCGGCUCUGAGGGAGCUGGAGGCCCGCCUGGUGGAGCGGCAGAACGCCUACUGCUCCAUCCUGAGGCCCCGAGCCCAGCGGCAGGAGAUGGAGCAGGAGAUGCUGCUGGACGCCGUGAAGGUUGGCCUGGGCCGGGGCGUGGAGCUGGAGAGGGAUCUGAAGGACAUCUUCAGGAAGGACAAGCACUGUGCCGAUGUGCUGAACACAGACGACCGUAAGAACGGCAGCCUGAUGUGGGUGUAUCUGAAGUACUGGCAGCUGCAGGUCACGGUGGAGGGGCACAAGAGGGCCCAUGACGCCGUUCGGAGGGGGAAAAUGGGUUCUCGUGUUGAGUGAACUUGGCGAGCGGGAUCGGGGUCGGGGAAGAGGCUUUUUGGGAGAACUGCUGGCCGUCCUGAUCCAGGGGACGAUCCUGAUAUCCGACAUCUCGUUUCAGUUUCUCUUUCCAACAUAUUUCAAAACCCAAAAAACUGGACGCACCCAUUAGCGCUAUAAGGCGGGUGUUUUAGGUCAUAACUAGUCAUGCAAUGGCUGGGCAGUAUUCAGCCCCAAGCACUGAUUGGUGUGUUCACUUUGAGGGUUUGGAAAGUUGGUUUCAACCGGAGACCGAAUGGGCCUGACUGAUGUUCAGCGAGAAACUGAAUUUGUGAACUUGUCAUCGGGGUCUCACAACUAGCACUUUGUUCGAUUAGGAUUUAAAUUUAAAAUAAAUGUAUUGUUCAUUUUUAAGAUUCCCCUUUGAUCCUAUUGAGAGGAUUGUAAAUAUUGAGCUUAUAAGUUAUACGUUUUUUUUUUUAUUGAUUCUAAUGAUCAGAUCAUUUUUUUUCUUCCAUUCAUGCUGUAUGGAUGUUCUGUCCAGAAGAGGUCUUCCAUGAGUAAUAUGAGUAUGUAAAGUAAGCAUCUCUCUGAAUUAGUGUUUAUUUAUAUUGUUUCGCUGUCAUAAUAUAAAUAUGUUUGGAAAACAAAAUUCUUAAAUCCCCCUCCUGAUGAUGAGGUAAAACUUUCUUAUUAAAUAAAUGACAUGACAUUUAUUAAAUUCAGGGAAUACACUGAACAUUGACGCCACCAUAAUUUAAUUCUGUCAAUAAGUUUGUAUGUAAAAUGACUUUCACCCUUUUGCAAGCAUUCAUGUUUUAUUUUAUGUGCAACACUGUUGUACCAAGAUACGAAUGAAAUGCAAUGGCAUGUUUUGUUUUGCCACGUCUUUCAUUUAAUGGCCAUCUUUUUGUUUGCUGUGAUGUAAGUAUUGCACAAUAAAAAUGGCGUUCAAAACCUUGAAA